AUGGUCACAGCUAGUACGAAAUCAGUCAAAUGGCGUGCUUGUCUUCUUGCCUUGCCCACUACUCAAGCUCAACAUAAUCUCCAAGAAAUAUCCUCACAUGCAAAAUUCAGCGAUGAUUAUCUCAUCAAUACCGGGAAGACGAUUUCUUCCCUGAUCCAGAGCCCAGGUGUGGUGCGACGGACGACGGGGGCGAGGGUGACGAGAUAUUUAUGCCUCUAUAUUGUGGCAAACCGUGAAAAUGAAGAAGCUACCGGCUGGGACCUGCGCUUGGGGUAUAUAAACAUGUUUCUCGCGGCCAUACCGACCGAGACAUCUCUUUACCUUGUGGGAGAGUGUGAAAAGAACAGAGGCAGCAAGCGAGCAACCUUGAAGCUUCGAUUGAAUCAUAUUCACUUCUUCACAAGAUUGAUCUCUGCGGAACGCAAGCUUCCGGUCUUGCCAGGGAUAAAAAUCUCGUCCACUUCGUCACAGUUAGCUGUUCUUCAAAGAGCUAUGAAAGGCAUAAUGCUUGACAGCAAAUCAGAGCUUGACAACAACAUCUUCGCCUGCGCCUAG